AUGUCUCAUACGUCACUCGAUACACAGCACGCAUUCGAACAUGCUUGGCAAGUAGCUGAAAAGUUACUGUCAGCUGGAAUCGACCUGGUGACGUUGCGACUUAUAACUUGUAUUCUUAUAACAAAAUUUAUUCCUUGGAUACCUGACAUGCACUAA